CAAUUCUACUUCCGGUUCAUUUCCGGUUUCAACUUCUGUGGCGCAACACAAGAUUUCUUUCAAUUCUUUCGUGUACCCUUCUUUUAAAUAAACGCGCUUCUUCAGAGCGUUCUCAUCGGUGCACCAUGGGGAAGACGUGUUGGGUUGUGGGCUGCAAGACAGGCUAUCUGACCAACAAGGCAGUCGAGCAGGAGCAAGCCGCCAAGGGGACCCCUAUCACCCUCCACAGGUUCCCCAAGGACGAUGAGCUGAGGGCCAGAUGGCUCAAGAACAUCAGGAUGGAUGAGAAGGACAACCCAAGUGCUGAAAGGUAUUGCUGCUCUUUGCAUUUCAAAGACAGUGACUUUAAAGUGAGGCUCACAGUGCGCAAAGGGAGGCAGAGGAAGCGGCUUGUCAAGGAUGCUGUGCCGACCAACUUUAGCCACAGUGCGGCCUACUUGCCCUGCAUGCAGGAGGCGCCUCCUGAUCCCAAGAGGUCCAUGUCCAUGGACUCAUCGACAGCCAGGAUGUUGGUACAGGUGGCGGAGGCGGUGAGGAUAGAGAAUGAGUUCAUGGACAGCGACAAGUUCACCUCCCUCGAGGACCUCAAGGAGAAGAUCAACACAGAGAUGCCCAGAAACUACAGAAUCUCCCUGGACAAGGACGCCAUCGAGAAGAACAGGCAGUUCCUCACCCUGUUCACAUACGAGCCCGUGCUGGGACUGCUGCCCGCCAUGGCCAACGUGCUGCGGAUUGGAGAGACCGGUAGUUUUGUUAUGGUCAAAGAUGGCAUCAAGAUCGCCAACAGCAAGCUGCGCCACAUCUUGCACGGCCACAGGGUUGUCUUCACAAGGGUGAGCCAGGUCACCAACGCCCUGGCCUUCCUCAACAACUACAGCGUUGAUGAAACAGACAAGUGUCCGGCAGACAUCACUGUAGAAGAUCUUCACCCAGAAAAGCACGAUCCCCUCCACUUUAAACAGGAGGAGGACUCUGAGAUGCUCUACAUAAAACAGGAGGCGAAGCCAGAGACCCCCAACAUUAAAGAAGAGGAGCAGAAAAAUGAAAUCCCCAAGUUUCCAGUGACUGUCAGUGUGAAGAGUGAAGAAAACGAGGGUCGCGGCAAAGAGAGCGGAGCAAGGAAACCUUCAACUGACAGCUCCUUUCAACACCGGACAACAAAAGAUGAGGGACGAUCACAACCAGACGGCUUUUUAGCUCCGCUGUCGGAAAGCGACGACGUCACGUCACACUCUUCUGAUUUUAACACUAAUGAGGAGGAUUUUGACUUUGACCAAAAUUCUUGGAAAUCCUUCAAGAAGUCAUCAUUGAAAAGAAAGACAAAACGCACUGUUGGGAAACCUUUUCCCUGCUCUACCUGCAAUAAAAGAUUUUCUUGGAAGACUGACUUAGAAAGGCAUAUGCAUACACACACAGAAAGAUUCACAGAGAAGGGAUAUUUAAACAAACAUACUGAAACACACAAUAGAGAGAAGCCUUUUGCCUGCUCACUUUGUGAUAAAAGAUACGUCACUAAGGCAAAUUUAAUUGUUCACACAAGAACACACACUGGAGAUAAGCCCUUUCCCUGCACACUUUGCGAUAAAAGAUUUUCUCAGAAGAAUGAUUUGGAAAGGCAUAAGCGUACACACACUGGAGAAAAGCCUUUUGUCUGCACAUGUUGUGGUAAAGGAUUCACCGACAAGGGAAAAUUAAAAAGACACACAAGCAUAUACACUGGAGAGAAGCCUUUUGCCUGCACACUUUGCAAAAGAAGAUUUUCUCUGAAUUGUAAUUUAAAAAAGCAUCAGCUUACACACACUGGAGAAAAGCCUUUUGUCUGCACAUCUUGUGGUAAACGAUUCGCUGAGAAGGGAAAUUUAAAGAAACACGCCAUCACACACACUGGAGAGAAGCCUUUUGCCUGCUCCUUUUGUGAGAAAAGAUUUUGGCGGAAGAAUGAGAUGACAAGACACACGCUUACACACACUUGAGAAAAGCCUUUUCACUGCUCAGUUUGCCAUAAAAGUUUGUUAGAAGGUAGAACUAGACUGUCACACUAAAACACACACUGGAGAGAAGCCCUUUGCCUGCUCUUUGUGGUAAAAGAUUCACUCAGAAGGCACAUUUAGGUAGGCACACAAGAUACCACACUGAAAUAACCUCUGAAUUGCGGUGUGUGACAGAAUAUUGAUUUCUGCCACGCAUUUACAGUGGGAAAAGCAUUUAAUUUUCCUUAUUCAGUUUCCAUUGAGACUCUGAGACCAAUCUGUUUACUGUGCCUAAAAAUGUCUGCCGCGGACGGCAAGAAGCCACAUCCAUUAAGAUGUCACUUAAAGACAUUAAACCCCAAUCACAUUGAUAAGCCGAUUUUUUUUUUUUUUUUUCAGUGAAAACAUACUAAAUAUUGCCAACAAUCAUCCCGCGUUGUUAGUGUUACAUCAGUAAACCAGCGAGCACUGUUAACAUCAUAUGAGGGUGCAUACCAAGUUUCUCAUUGCAACAACAUAACAAAGGUGCUGAUCCUUCCUGCAGCAAAAAUAAAAACUGUCCCUCUUUCCAAAAAGUUUUUUUUUUCCCCUAUUUUUGGUUUUUCGUCCAAUUCUUUGACAUAUUGUCCUCAUGAGUUAAUUGUUGCUAAUCAAUUUGAAUUUAUGAUGAUUUAUUGAUUUUAUUACAUUUUGUUUUUCAGUAUCAAAUGGUCAAAAAAUGUACCUUGAGUGUAUUUUUUACGGUUUCGAUGUCUUUUUUUUUUAAUUAUUCAGGCAAAUUGAUGCCCCUUAAGUCUUUUCUGUUCCUUUUUAUUUCAAAAUAAAAGUGUACUAUGCAAUUGUUAAUAUGAGUCUUUUCGCCUGAUUACAAACAUUAAAUAAAAGAGAUCUGUGGGCUAUCCAACAACUGUUGUACUCCUGAGGUAUCCUAGACUACCCUAAGCAAGGGCGUAGGUUUGCAUAUAGACGG